AUGGCUGGGCCCACCCAUUUCAGUGGACGCGAUCACCAGACUGGUUUCGACGCUUGCUGUACAGCAUCAAGGCGAUUGGCUGGUGUGCCACCUAUCCUUACCAUCCUUCUGGUCAUUUUCCUCUCACUCAGUGCUGUGUAUCAUGGCUGGAUCCAUCCUAUUGGUUUCUGGGAGCACGGUCCGAUAGAACUGGUGCUCUUCAGCACAGAAGUGGCCUGCUUGCUGAUCAGUUACCUUGCGGCAGUGCUGCGAGGCCCAGGCUUCGUGCCGUUCGGCUGGUGCCCAACCGAGGAGGAGCUUUCGACGCUGCGGUCCUCCCUUGACCCGGCUGGGCUCCCGGUGGCCGUGGAGGCGCCUCCCGUCUCCGAUUUGCUCCAGUGGUGCGCUAGCUGCAAGGGCUACAAGCCGCCACGCGCACAUCAUUGCUCCACCUGCGGUCGAUGUGUUCUUAGUAUGGAUCACCACUGCCCGUGGACCAAUACAUGCAUAGGUCAAAUCAACAUGAAGCCUUUCGUCCAAUUCGUGCACUUCGUGCCCAUCGCAACCUUGCAUGCGUUGGUCGUGCACUCCGAACUGUUCAUUCUCCUGGUUUAUGGCUGGAAAAACUCACGCAAGUCAAUGGACUUCGUGAGAGUUGUGAUCCGACUUCGGAUUCUGCUGGGUCUGAUCGCGUGGUUCUGCUGUUUGGUGGUCAUGUUGUUGGUGGGCACCCUUGCCUGGGAGAUGGAGCACACGGUGGUGGGCAACAUCAGCAUGAUCGAGGAGUACGUCCUCGAGAAAGCAGAGAUGCGGCGGCGGAGAACUGGGGAGCGAAAAUUCGUGUACCCCUAUGACCUUGGACGCAAGGAAAACUUCGCCGCCGUACUGGGUUCCAGCUUCUCCUGGCUUGUCCCCGGCCUGGCUACACCAGGAGAGCCUGUUUGGCCACCGGUGCGGGCAGGUUGCACACAUUUCGACAUUAGCACAGAGCAGAUCGCCCAAAAGAUGGAAAAGCUCCAAAGGAGCAUGGUCAUGCCUGUGCGGGAGCACUUCACGGGCGAAGGACGGUGUUGCCUCAGCUAUUGGUGCUGGAUUUGCUUUCGGUUUGGCUGCUGCGCGGCCUGCGAUUGCGAGGCCUGCGGUGAAGAGCGGCUCAGCGUGGAGCCGGGCCAGGCCGUGCUAAUAUCCAAGUCUGAGGGCAGCUGGGCGCAUGGUCGUAAAAUGCCCGACGGAGGGCUGAAUGGCACUGGCAUCACUGACACUUCAGAUGUGCCGUCUGGCUGGCUGCCUCGGAGGGUUCUCGCAUCCUCGGAAGCGGUUCCCUACGAGAUCCCCUUCCAGAAAGAGCUUCAGGGCCACUGGGAGGCUGCGGACGGCCGUGUUAUCGUGGUGAAGGGCCUCGUCGCCCGCACCACGGCCUCGAACAUGCCUUUCGUGCUACGACACGAAGCAGGCGCCGUUCGCCUCCUAGGGAUAUCCUUGGAAGCAUGCGAUGGGAAAACCGCGCAGUGGUGCGGCGGCGAAGUUUGGACCAAGCAGGAGAAACCGGUGCCAGCUGCGAGAAAAGGCGGCCACUGGCCGGUAGAGGAUGGGCUCGAUGAUGUCUUGGAUGAUGAGCUGCCAGCAUUGCAGGCCGUCGGUCCGGACAGCAAGAAAGACGACUGA